UCCUUAUAGAUUUGACAUUGACAACACUGAUGUGUUCUUUGCAUUUUGACUUUUGGCACUUUUGGUAGUUAGCUGACUGCGUGGAGCUUUUUGCUCAAAAUAAAAUAAAAAAUAAAAAUGAAUAUUCCAAAUGAAUAUGUUUCAAACGCCGAAGAUAUUGCAGAUAAUGUUAUCAGAAAAUUAAAGCACAUACUACCUACCUUGGCAAGAGUAUGUCUGAUAUCAACAUUCUUAGAAGAUGGAUUACGGAUGUGGUUCCAAUGGACAGAACAGAGGGAAUAUAUGGACUUAUCUUGGGGAUGUGGCAAAAUUUUAGCCACACUUUUUGUUAUAGUUAAUCUAGUUGGUCAAUUGGGAGGCUGUGUUAUGGUGAUUAUAAGAUACAGAGUUAAUAUCGCUUGUGGAGUAUUGUUCUUCAUUGUUGUUCUACAGACGUUAGCCUACAGCAUUCUCUGGGACCUCCAGUUCCUGUUCAGAAACUUAGCUCUCAUAGGAGCCCUUUUGUUGGUUUUAGCAGAAAGCCGAGGUGAAGCCAAAAGUCUAUUCGCCGGAGUUCCAUCACUCGGCGAUAACAAGCCCAAGAAUUAUUUGCAACUCACCGGAAGAGUGUUGUUGGCGUUCAUGUUUAUCACUCUCAUCCGAUUUGAAUUGAGUUUCUUGCAGAUAACCUUGGAUCUCGUUGGUUCUCUCUUAAUGGUUAUGGUAACAGUAGGAUACAAGACUAAACUAGCAGCACUGACCUUGGUUCUACUUCUUGGCACCUUGAACUUCUACCACAAUGCCUGGUGGAAUAUUCCAGACUACAAACCCUUGAGGGACUUCCUUAAAUACGAUUUCUUCCAGACAUUGUCCGUCAUCGGUGGGCUGUUGAUGAUCGUUUACUUGGGACCCGGGGGUGUUUCUAUGGACGAGCACAAAAAGCGGUGGUAGAACUAUGUGAUUCCAACUAGUGAACAUCUUGUGACAACAGGUUUAUAAAUCCAGAAAAACUGUCGACUCUUUUUUAUACCAUUAUAUACGCGUUCCUUUUUUCUCUCAACAUUAAAAUAUUGCAAAUGAAAAACCAACUGGAAUUCGAGAGAUCGCUGUUGUGUUGUGUAGGAGCAACUGCGAAUGCGUGGUCAGUAAAUGUUAUACAAGUUUGGCUAGACAGUACUGAUAAUUUGGUUAUUUUGUAUAAUAGUUCUUCCGUAUCCAAUUUUUUUAACCAUUUUAUUGGUGUAUUUAUAAUUUUUCCCAUAUAUUCACUCGUAACUUUGGCUAAUACUACGAUAUGAGUAGUAGGCGUUAUCAAUUCUGCCUGUUAGAGCAUAUACAUAUAGCUAUUGGGACCGUGCAAGUUCGGAAGAGCCACACCUAGUGUCAUAGCAUCAGCAACAUUUUUAGCACUUUUAAUUAUAUUGGCCAAUUAUAUUAUUCCUGGUUACUGGAUAAUUGUCAAAGCCAUAGCCCAAAAUAGAAUAAGAAGAAAAAGUAAGAUUGAGGUUAUGUUAUUAAAAGAUAAACAUUGUACGUAGUAAAUAAAAUUAAUUAUUAAAAUGCAGUACUACAAGCAAAAUACAAUUAAUUAAAUUCACUUUAAUAAUUGCAUAUCAUAUCCAUAUUGUGGAGCAAUAUGGAUAUGAUAUGCAAUUAUAUCAAUAUGCAAUUAUAUGCAAUAUCCCAUUUUCUUCAAUGACAGUGGGUAUGAAAUACACGUCAGUUUGACAAUUUCGAUUGACAGUAUGAAUUAUUUAAGAAAUAUGUUAAGAAAGUUGCAAGAUUUCUCCGCUACUCGCGCACUAUCGUUUCUCGUAUCCCCUCCAAGUACUUGCACACAGCGAAUAACAAUCAAGUAAUAAUUAUAAAUAUUAAUGAUAUAAUACUACAUAAUAAUCACUUUUGAUACAGCAUUCCAAUUUUUAAUAAACGUUGCAUUCUUGGAUUUUAGAUUUCCCUAGAAGUUUAGCACAAAUAGUCUAUUUUACGACUUUCUCCCCCAUUUGGAUUUAUCGAGUCACCACUGUUCUGUGUGGCUGUAGAGAAAGUUGUUAAAACGCUUGCCAAUCACCAGUAUUAUGUUAUUUCAUGUCAUUGUGCAACUUUGCUAUUUUUUAAUUUAUUAAAUAACCACUUUAUCUAAUAUUUAAAUACUUCAAAAUAUUUAAAAAAUGAUGAAUCGGGAACUUAAUGAAAGAAAGCUAGCCACAAAACAAUUCUUUCUAGUAUUUGUAUACAUGUUCACCAGUAAGGACCAAUAUCUUCGUAAAAUUUUGCAUCCUGGUGGCUCUACACAACUUUGUACUGCGUUACUUCAUCUUAAAAAUUUGUAGUCAGUUGAAGUUCUUAUUUUGGGCAUUAAAUAUAAUUACCAGGCAAAGCAAAUAAACUUAUCUGUUAAAGCGAAUAAAUUAAAAUAUCUAGUAUUAAAUUUAAACAUGGUGUUCAGGGAUCUUUUGAGUUUUCGUUGGUUUUUCUAGUACACGAGACUUAGCGGUCAGAUCGAUGUAAAAAUCAGUGUUAUACACUUUUUUACUUUUAAGCAAAAAAUAGUUAAUUUAUACAAGAUUUAUUUUAUACAAAAAAGAUAUGUAUAUACUCUAUUGAGGAAUUUUUGUGAAUUUAUUUUGACUUGGAUUCAAUCGGAACACCACGUUCCAGAGUUUGGUUCGGAAAAAUGUCAGUUUUGCAUGUGUAUAGUCUACUACAUAUAUUUUUAUAAUAAACUGUUUUGUUGAA